CACUGUGUAUCACCAACUGUCACAUUUUAAAAAUCUACAGGUGAUCUGCAAAACAUGAACUCUGCGGGGUCCUGAGAACCGAGUAUGAGAACCUCUGUCCUACUCCUAGGGGAAAGAGCAGAGACUCCGGGAACUGGCCAAUGUGUCACACAUCUGCACAGCACAGUGCCGCCCGGUCCCAGCGUCACCGAGCAGCACACCACACACCACGUUCCUGUGUCAGCUGACCGUGACGUAACAUCCCUUCGUCUUCCGCGGUCCCAGGCGCUGACUGUCAGUCGGAGACGUCACUCUGUGCGGCGGCAGAAGAUGGCGGACAGCAUCCCGCUUCAGCCGGUGCAGAAGAGAGCGGCCUAUUACACAGCAGACAAGAGUAAGAGGAGGUAUCAAGAUGAAGCUUCCCCUUUGGAUGAAAUGCCACUUAUGAUGUCAGAAGAAGGGUUUGAGAAUGAUGAAAAUGAUUACCACACCUUACCAAGAGCCAGAAUAACUCGUCGAAAAAGAGGACUAGAAUGGUUUAUUUGUGGAGGGUGGAAAUUCUUGUGCACCAGCUGUUGUGACUGGCUCAUAAACGUUUGCAGAAGAAGGAAGGAACUGAGAGCUCGAACAGUCUGGUUGGGAUGUCCAGAGAAAUGUGAGGAAAAAUAUCCUAGGAAUGCUAUAAAAAACCAGAAGUACAACAUCUUUACGUUUAUACCUGGGGUUUUAUAUCAACAAUUCAAAUUUUUCUUGAAUCUGUAUUUUCUGGUAGUUGCUUGUUCUCAGUUUGUACCUGCUCUGAAAAUAGGCUACUUGUACACCUACUGGGCCCCACUGGGGUUUGUUCUGACUGUCACCAUGGUGAGGGAAGCAGUAGAUGAAUAUCGGAGAUUCAAAAGAGACAAGGAAAUGAAUUCACAAAUGUAUAGCAAACUUACCAUUAGAGGUAAAGUGCAAGUAAAAAGUUCAGAUAUUCAAGUCGGAGACCUGAUUAUAGUGGAAAAGAACCAACGAAUCCCAGCUGAUAUGGUCUUUCUGAGAACCUCAGAGAAAACUGGCUCUUGCUUCAUUCGGACUGACCAACUAGAUGGUGAAACAGACUGGAAGUUGAAAAUUGCUGUGAGCUGUACUCAAAGAUUACCAGCUUUAGGAGAUCUCUUUUCAAUCAAUGCUUAUGUUUAUGCUCAGAAGCCACAACUGGAUAUUCACAGUUUUGAAGGUAACUUUACACGGGAAGACAGUGACCCAUCCAUACAUGAGAGCCUUGGUAUUGAAAAUACCUUGUGGGCAAGCACGGUGGUUGCAUCUGGUACUGUGAUAGGUGUUGUCAUUUACACUGGAAAGGAGACCAGAAGUGUAAUGAAUACAUCAAAUCCCAAAAACAAGGUGGGCAUGUUGGACCUUGAGCUGAACCAGUUGACAAAAGCACUAUUUUUGGCUUUGGUGGCUCUCUCUGUGGUAAUGGUUACCUUGCAAGGGUUUGUUGGCCCAUGGUAUCGUUACCUGUUCCGGUUCUUCCUGCUAUUUUCCUACAUCAUUCCGAUAAGUUUGCGAGUGAACCUGGACAUGGGAAAAGCUGCUUACGGCUGGAUGAUCAUGAGAGACGAGAACAUACCUGGCACAGUGGUGAGAACCAGCACCAUUCCGGAAGAGUUGGGACGUUUGGUGUAUUUGCUUACUGAUAAAACAGGAACACUUACUCAGAAUGAAAUGGUCUUUAAGCGCCUUCACCUGGGUACUGUGUCUUAUGGUACUGAUACAAUGGAUGAAAUACAGAAUCACGUAGCAAGCUCAUACUCACUGGUCCAGCUCCAAACCACCAAUAAUAAUACCAGCUCUACUCCAAGAAAAAGCCAGUCUUCAGCACCCAAAGUACGUAAGACAGUGAUCAGCCGAGUACAUGAAGCAGUGAAGGCAAUUGCUUUGUGUCACAAUGUCACUCCUGUCUAUGAAUCGCAUGCUGGAGUCAAUGGAGAAACAGAACAUGCUGAAGUAGAUCAAGACUUCAGUGAUGAAAACCGCACCUACCAAGCCUCAAGCCCUGAUGAGGUGGCACUUGUGCAGUGGUCCGAAAGUGUUGGCCUCACUCUUGUCAAUCGAGAUUUGACUUCAAUGCAGCUUAAAACACCUAGUGGACAGGUUCUGACGUUCUUUAUUCUCCAGAUCUUUCCUUUUACUUCUGAGAGCAAACGGAUGGGCAUCAUAGUCAGAGAGGAGUCCUCGGGAGAGAUCACAUUCUAUAUGAAAGGGGCUGAUGUUGCCAUGGCUAGCAUUGUACAGUAUAAUGACUGGUUAGAAGAAGAGUGUGGAAACAUGGCAAGAGAAGGACUACGUACUCUGGUUGUUGCCAAAAAAUCUUUAACUGAAGAACAGUAUCAAGAUUUUGAGAACCGAUACAACCAGGCCAAGCUAAGUAUUCAUGACAGAACAUUAAAGGUGGCAGCCGUGGUAGAGAGCCUUGAGAGGGAAAUGGAGUUGCUUUGCUUAACCGGUGUAGAGGAUCAACUACAGGCUGAUGUCAGACCUACUCUGGAAAUGCUACGGAAUGCUGGUAUAAAGAUUUGGAUGCUUACCGGUGACAAGCUGGAAACAGCAACAUGUAUAGCAAAGAGUUCUCACUUAGUAUCGAGAAAUCAGGAUAUUCACAUUUUCAGACCAGUUAGUAGUCGGAGUGAGGCUCACUUAGAACUUAAUGCUUUUAGAAGAAAACAUGAUUGUGCCUUGGUAAUAGCUGGGGAUUCGCUUGAGGUGUGUUUAAAGUACUAUGAGCAUGAAUUUGUUGAACUUGCCUGUCAGUGCCCUGCUGUUGUAUGCUGCCGGUGUUCACCAACACAGAAAGCUCAUAUAGUAAAGCUUCUACAGCAGCACACAGGAAGACGCACAUGUGCCAUAGGUGAUGGUGGUAAUGACGUCAGCAUGAUCCAGGCAGCUGACUGUGGCAUUGGUAUAGAGGGAAAGGAGGGAAAACAAGCUUCUCUUGCAGCUGAUUUUUCCAUCACUCAGUUCAAGCACAUUGGCAGAUUACUGAUGGUGCACGGCCGGAACAGUUAUAAGAGAUCAGCGGCAUUGGGGCAGUUUGUUAUACACAGAGGCCUUAUUAUUUCCACUAUGCAGGCUGUGUUUUCCUCAGUCUUCUAUUUCGCAUCUGUUCCUUUGUACCAGGGAUUCCUAAUGGUAGGGUAUGCAACCAUCUACACAAUGUUUCCGGUUUUCUCACUGGUACUGGAUCAAGAUGUGAAGCCAGAGACAGCUCUGCUCUAUCCAGAGCUGUAUAAAGACCUUACAAAGGGAAGAUCUUUGUCUUUUAAAACCUUCCUCAUCUGGGUUUUAAUCAGUAUAUACCAAGGUGGCAUACUGAUGUACGGAGCACUGCUGCUCUUUGAGUCUGAAUUUGUUCACGUGGUCGCCAUCUCUUUCACUGCCUUGAUUUUGACAGAGCUGCUGAUGGUUGCAUUAACUAUAAGGACGUGGCACUGGCUAAUGGUAUUAGCUGAAUUCUUCAGCCUUGGCUGCUAUGUGGCUUCACUUGCUUUCCUUAAUGAGUACUUUGGUCUUGGUAGAGUGUCAUUGGGAGCUUUUUUAGAUGUUGCUUUUAUUACAACCUUAACCUUCCUGUGGAAAGUAUCAGCUAUCACCGUUGUAAGCUGUCUUCCUCUCUAUAUUCUAAAGUACUUGAAGCGCAAAUUCUCACCCCCAAGUUACUCCAAGCUCACGUCCUAGUUCUGAAGGUUUGGGUAUUCCCGCAUGUAACUCUGUGACAUGCCACAAGCUGCCUCGCUGUGUUCUAGUGACUUCAGCCUUAUGAAUGAGAUGAGAGUACAGGAGGAGCCGCAGAAGAGCACAAACAAGGCUUUUUCUACAAGACAGGAAGACAAGACAAUGUUAUAACUGAUACAAGUCAGUAAAGUGAAAAUUAAAAUAACUUUUCAGCUAUGAUUUACAUUUUUGGAUUUAUGGAGCAUGAAAACUUGACAUUGUCGCUACUUUAUUUUUGUCCUUUUUAGUUUGUUACUUGAAGGCAUCAUAAAAACAGUUACAUAAGGUUUGAAGCACAUCUUACAUUUAUAAUUUCCUUGUAUGCUGCUAUUUUCUGUAUGAACUUUGAUAAACCUGCAUUAUUAUUAUAUGGUCAUUAUUAUAAUGGUAAAUUUGUUCCUAAUACAAAUAUAAAACAAGCUUUAAAGUGUACCUAGCAACAGCAAAUAGUGACAACAGCCAUUUUGUGGGUGGGGCCAAUAUUCAGUAUUUGAGAAUGUAAUCUGUUCUUUAGAUAUGGACCGGAGACAUCACAGUGGCAUCUUGAGACCAUUCACUGCAUACUGUAUGUGUUACUGGGUUGUGCCUCAUGCCUCGGGAUGUCACUAGUUCUAAAAGAAUCAUGAAUAUUAAGUUCAGUCAUUCCUAGAUAAAACUUAGAUCGCUUUGGUUUUAUUUGCACUCAGAUAUGCUGAUUUCAUAACUUUCCACUAAGCUACAAUUAGAGGAACCAUUUGGGUUUUCUACAUUGAUAUAAACUGCUGGAUAUUUUGCUUCCCCCACAAUUGUAUAGAAUGCCACUAGCAACUGAGAAAGAGUAAACUGUAAAUAACUUAACAGUUGUUUUUUUUUGUUGUUUUUUAAGAACAGACUCUGCAUAAUGGGGGUAAUUCCAAGUUGAU